GCGAGCCUUGGGGGCGGUGCGGGGCGGAGCCUAGCCCGAGUAGGCGCUGCGGAUCUCAGCUUCGCGUCACUGCUCGCGGAGCUGAGGUCGUCUCAGGUGAGGUGGUCGACCCGGAAGUGGCUGUGCUGUAGCCCCUGGGUGUUUUACGGAUCCUGCAGCGGAGUUGUUAAGGGGGAGCGGCCUCACCCUGCUUCCUCCACCUACCCUGAAACAACCAUGACGAAAGGCAGAGCGGUCGAAAGAUCGCAAACGGAGGCACUCCAUUCAACCCCUCCGGGGAACAAGGCAACGGGAACGCGGGGUCCUUCGACGCCGAGCAGCAGAGACCACCUGAAAGAGAAAGCCUGUGCAGAAGCUGGCUCAGCAAGAAUGUCACUUCUUAUAUUGGUGUCCAUUUUCUUGUCUGCAGCUUUUGUUAUGUUUUUGGUAUAUAAAAAUUUUCCUCAGCUUAGUGAAGAAGAAAGAAUGAAUAUGAAGGUUCCCAGAGAUAUGGAUGAUGCCAAGGCUCUAGGAAAAGUUUUAUCCAAAUAUAAGGACACCUUUUAUGUACAAGUACUUGUAGCUUAUUUUGCUACAUAUAUUUUCUUGCAAACAUUUGCUAUUCCGGGCUCUAUAUUUCUCAGUAUACUCUCAGGGUUUCUUUAUCCCUUUCCACUAGCCUUAUUUCUUGUUUGUUUGUGUUCUGGACUCGGUGCCUCAUUCUGCUAUAUGCUCUCCUAUUUAGUUGGGAGGCCAGUUGUAUAUAAAUACCUAACGGAGAAAGCAGUAAAAUGGUCACAGCAGGUUGAACGUCACAGAGAACAUCUCAUUAACUACAUUAUAUUUUUGAGAAUAACACCAUUUCUGCCUAAUUGGUUUAUUAAUAUUACAUCUCCUGUGAUAAAUGUGCCCUUGAAAGUUUUCUUUAUUGGCACUUUUCUAGGUGUUGCACCUCCCUCUUUUGUAGCAAUUAAGGCAGGAACAACACUAUACCAGCUUACAACAGCAGGGGAAGCUGUUUCCUGGAACUCAGUAUUUGUUCUGAUGAUUUUGGCUCUACUUUCUAUUCUGCCAGCCAUCUUCCAGAAAAAACUAAAGCAGAAAUUUGAGUGAAUAAUCCUCUGGGUUUUAAUUUAACCAUCAUCAUCAUCAUCAUCUGAGGACUGGCAGGUUUAUGUGUUACAAUCACCUCUUCAGUAAUUGGAACAGGAGUUUGUAAAAUAAAAUAUCAGAUGGUUAAAAUAAUGCAUUAAAGUGGCAAAGGAGAGAAGAAAGUAAAAGUGGAAAUUGGUAUACCAUAGAAAGUGCUGUCAGUAGUUAUGAUAGACAUCUCCUAAAUUACUGUUCCAAGACUAUAGGUAUUAAACAUAGCAGGAUGGUAGGAAAUUCUUGACCCAGCUGAUUAAUUCAGUUUAAUAUAUUUCAUGAGCUUGCCAUAAAUAGUUAAGGGUGACUCGAUAAUUUAUCUGUUCAGUACUAUAGCUAAAAUAGGAAAAGCAAAUACAAAGUUCAAAAACAAAGAUAUAGUAUUGCUAUUCUGACUAAUGUCAAGCUCUUUUUUGAGAGCAUAAACUUGAAAACUAAAGCUCAAAAGAGAUUUACAUUUUCUUCUUCUUUUUACCUUUGAGACGAUAGACUUGUUUAGAAGUUGCAUCUUCAGUGGACUACUGAAUUUGGAAAAGAUAUCAAGUUAUGUCUAUUUGGUGAACUUUAUUUUUAUCUUCUGUUCUAGAUUAUCAUGGAUUAGUCUGAAAUUUAAAAUUCUGACCAGUCUAUUUUCAUCUUUUUUUGUCCAGUUUUCAAAAUAUUUACACUGUGCAUAUACAAAAUUCCAAUUACAUAAUAAUUGUAUCAUAUUGGUGUUGAUAAUUUAUAUUCAGAUAAUAUUUUAUUACAUAGUUCCCCUUUACUGUCUCAAGAGGGGAUCAAAAAAGCAAACAUUCAAAGUAUGCAGUUUUUAGAUGUUAGAUUAAUUAUAUUACUUAAUAUUUUGAAACAGAAGCAGUGACAGCAUAACACUUAAGUAGUUGAACAUAGUUUAUUUGUUCCAAUGACUGUAACAUUUAUCACAUUUAUUUAUUAAUCUGGUCAUUUAAGUAUGUAUUAUGUAAUUAUCCUUUUUAUGCAUGAUACAUAAGAAUGCCUUGUUUCAUUUCUCUAUUGAUGGCUUUAUUGUUUGGGGCUGCUUUUGAUUAAUGCAGUUUCCCUAUUGAGGGUUUUUACUUUUUAUAUCUCAAAGUAAAAUUAAAUUCUCAUAUGGUAACUACUAUAUUUAAAUAGUCCUGGAAAACCCAACAGCUUUUUGCUACUUGCUUAAUGGUAACACCCUCGAUUCCUCGAUUCUAAGACGUGAAGUAUUCGGUCAGUUUUGCCUUCACCCAAGACUGUCAUGUUGAAAAGUACUUUAGCUGUGGAAGAAAUCCUUGUAUGUUUUUAUUGUGACAGGUAUGAUCAGCCUCAAAGCCUGUUUCUACUGUAUAAUGUGGACUGAUUAUUUUUUCUAUCACAGUAUUAACAAAUGGAUUUAUUGUAAAUACAAAGAAAAUAUAUUCAUUAAUAUACUAUUCUUAUGUCA